CCAAAGGGUCCGCCCCUCCCGGUGCUUCUUCCGGGUGGGGCCCCGGGCCGAGGAGAUGGCUCCCUGGGCGCUCCUCAGCCCUGGGGUCCUGGUGCGGACCGGGCACACUGUGCUGACCUGGGGGAUCACGCUGGUGCUCUUCCUGCACGAUACCGCGCUGCGGCAGUGGGAAGAGCAGGGGGAGCUGCUCCUGCCCCUGACCUUCCUGCUCCUCGUGCUGGGUUCCCUGCUGCUCUACCUGGCCGUGUCGCUCAUGGACCCAGGCUAUGUGAAUGUCCAGCCCCAGGCCCAGGAGGAGGCCAAGGAGGAGCAGACAGCCAUGGUUCCUCAAGCCAUCCCCCUUCGGCGCUGCAGACACUGCCUGGUGCUGCAGCCCCUGCGGGCCCGGCACUGCCGUGAGUGCCGCCGCUGCGUCCGCCGCUACGACCACCACUGCCCUUGGAUGGAGAACUGCGUGGGGGAGCGCAACCACCCACUCUUCGUGGCCUACCUGGCGCUGCAGCUGGCGGUGCUUCUGUGGGGCCUGUACCUGGCCCUUAGUCGCCAUCUCCAUCCUGCCCCGCAGGUCCGGCCUCCAUUUCUUCCAGCCCUGGGGGCUGUGGCUGCGGUCCAGCGGGCUGCUGUGCGCCACCUUCCUGCUGCUGUCCCUCUUCUCUCUGGUGGCCGGCCUGCUCCUCGCCUCGCACCUCUACCUGGUAGCCAGCAACACCACCACCUGGGAGUUCCUCUCCUCGCACCGCAUUGCCUACCUCCGCCAGCGUCCCGGCAACCCCUUCGACCGCGGCCUGACCCGAAACCUGGCCCACUUCUUCUGCGGAUGGCCCUCAGGGUCCUGGGAGACCCUGUGGGCCGAGGGAGAGGAGGACGGGGAGGAGGGCAGUAGCCAGGCCGUGUAGGUUGCUGGAGGCAAGGCCACCAUCUUGUGCCUGCAAACCAGAUGGGCUGCCCCCAGCUGGGGGGGAGGGGCAACCUUCGGAGGGCCUGGGGCUCUUCACUCCUGCCCUGCUCCUCCCAGGCCUCAGGGCAGAGCCGAAUGACAGAAGCCUGCCUCAGUGGGCAGUCCUACCCUCUGAAGGAAGAAGAGGAGGCAGAGGACCCACGGGGGGCUCAGGCACAAGCAAUCUGGGCUUCCGAGACCCCCUCCCAAAGCCAGGAUGCCUCCAGUGCACCAUUUUAUAAGUUUAAUCAUCCAUAAAGCAAGUCAAAUAUUAAAAAAACAAACCAAA